CUGUCAGUCAGUCCGGCGAUGCGCUGCGGAAUCAGGCGCGUUUGCUGACGGUCACCGGACGCAUCGACGCAUCUGCAGUGAAUCAUGAUGACCGUGACGCUUCAACACAGAGUCAUGCGGCCCGUGACAUCACUGCUGCUCACCGUCUCAAUCACGCUCUCAUCUAACGUGUGGUCCGUGUGUGCUGAAGGAGCUUUUGGAGAUGAGUCGGCGGGUUACGGGCCUGUGUUUGAAGAUCAGCCCGUGGACACCAUCUAUCCUGAAGAAUCACCAGAGGAGAAAAUCACCAUGAGCUGCAGAGCGCGAGCAAAUCCACCCGCCACGUACAGAUGGAAAUUAAACAACACAGAUAUUUUGAUUCAAGAUGGCAGUGACGAUCAUUAUAGACUGAUGGAGGGAAACCUCGUCAUCAGUGACCCCGACAGGAACAAGCAUUCUGGGAAUUAUUCCUGCGAGGCCACCAAUGAGUUCGGCACGGUGAUCAGUCAGAGAGCUUCAGUUCAGUUCGGAUAUUUGGACAUGUUCUUCACAGAUGAGCGAGAGGCGGUGUAUGUGAAGGAGGGGCAGGGGGCGGUGCUACUGUGUGCUCCGCCCCCACACUUCCCAGAAGAUCUGUCCUUCCGCUGGAUGCUCAACGAGUUUCCAGAAUUCAUUCCUAUGGAUAAACGGCGUUACGUGUCUCAGGCCACCGGAAACCUCUACAUCUCCACCGUCAGAGCGUCAGGCGGCGGAAACUACUCGUGUUUCGUGUCGAGUCCGUCCAUCGCCAAGAGCGUGUUCAGUAAAUUCAUCCCGCUGGUGCCCAUCUCUGAGCGUUCUCUGCGCAAAUAUCCCGCUGAUAUUAAAGUGAAAUCUCCAGACACACACACACUCAUCGGACAGAACAUCACGCUCGAGUGUUUCGCUCUGGGGAAUCCGAUCCCUCAGAUCCGCUGGAGGAAGGUGGAUGGUGAACUUCCUGUUCAUCGUCAUGACAUCAGUAUGGCAGGAAGUCUCCUUCAUCUGUAUGACGUUCAGUAUGAAGACGAGGGUUUGUACGAGUGUGAAGCUGAUAACUCCAAAGGAAAAGACUGGCACAAACUUCAUCUCAUCGUGGAGGGAGCUCCUGAAUGGAUGGAGAAGAUCACGAGUUCAGAGAGAGAUAUCAACAGUGAUUACAUCAUGUCCUGUCUCGCCAGCGGCAAACCCAAACCACACGUUCACUUCCUGAAGAACGGACGAACGGUCUCCGUGAAUCAUGAGAUUCGUUUGAAUCAGCUGUCGUUUGAUGAUUCGGGGAUGUAUCAGUGUAUCGCUGAGAACCGUCACGGGGUGAUUUACGCCAGCGCUGAACUCCGAGUGUUCGCUGGUGCUCCUUCAUUUGAGUUCAGCCCCGUGAAGCCCAGAAUACUAGUGGCUAAAAACGGGCGAGUGAUGAUGGAGUGUAAACCCCGAGCGGCGCCGCGUCCGAUCAUCUCCUGGAGUAAAGGAACUGAACUCCUACACAACUCCAGCAGGAUGUUCAUUUGGCCGGACGGGAGUUUAGAGAUUAUUAACGUCACCAAAUCAGAUGAAGGCACAUACACGUGUUUCGCUGAGAACGACAGAGGACGAGCGAACAGCAGCGGGUCACUGUCAAUCACAGACGCCACUAAGAUCACUCUCGCUCCAUCUAACCGUGAUGUCAGCGUCGGGGAGAGUACCACAAUGGAGUGUGCUGCAUCACAUGACCCGACCCUUGACCUCACCUUCAUCUGGUCCCUCAACGCUCACGUCCUCGACCUCGACAAAGACAGAGAAUAUUACGAACACAAAAUGGAUAUAAAUCAUGACGGUCAGAUGGGGACAUCGAGCUGUGAGCUGGUGAUCAGAAACACACAGUUGAAACACGCGGGUCGAUACACCUGUACAGCACAGACACCUGUAGACAACAUCACCACAUCUGCUGAACUGGUGGUCAGAGGACCCCCAGGUCCUCCUGGAGGAGUGCGUGUGGAUGAUGUGAUGAACAGCAGUGUGACAGUCACCUGGAGUCACGGGACGGAUAAUCUUAAUCCGAUCUCAACAUACACUAUACAGUACAGAGACACUAGAACACAAGAUGACUGGAGAGAUGCCAAAACAUCUCCAGUGAUUGUGGAGGGAAAUGCAGAAAUGGCGACAGUGGUGAAUCUCACACCGUGGACUGAAUAUGAGUUUCGGGUCAUUGCCACAAACAGCCUGGGUACAGGACCGCCCAGUGACCCGUCACCCAAAACCACCACUAAACAAGCCAAGCCUGUGGUGGCCCCAUCAGACAUCAGUGGAGGAGGAGGAACCAGCAGAGAACUCACCAUCACAUGGACGCCGGUCCAGCCGCAGUAUUAUUACGGCAGUAACUUCGGUUACAUCAUCGCGUUCAGACCUCAUAACGAGCACGAGUGGCUGAAGGUGACGGUCGCUGAUGCUCAGGCACAGAAAUACGUCCACAAAGACUCAAACAUCCCGCCGUCCACUAGGUUUGAGGUGAAGAUGAAAGCGUUUAAUAGUCAGGGUGAAGGACCGUACAGCGUCAGCGCCUUUAUUUACUCUGCACAGGACGUUGUGUCUGACGCGCCCACAGUCGUGGAGGCGAGAACACUGUCAGCGACUGAAGCGAUCGUGUGGUGGAUCCCCGUCCAAUCACAGACUGUUGAAGGAUAUCAGGUGCGUUACUGGUGUAGUUCCACAGAGAACGAGGCGUCUGCUCAGCGUGUUCUGGUGUCCGGUCGAGAGAAUCACACGCGUCUGGAGAACAUGAAACCUGAUUCUCAUUACCUCAUCGAGGUGCUGCGGCAUAACGGUGCUGGAUACGGACCCGCCGGCCAACGACACGAAAUCUUCACCAAGAAACCUCCUCCUAACCGGCCGCCCAAAAUAAUCGGCACGAAGAUGCACUCGAGCGGGACGUUGAUCAAUAUCGCGUGGGAGCACGUCAGAGCGCUGUCCAAUGAGUCUGCUGUUGUGGGUUAUAAGGUGCUGUACAGACCAGAGGAUCAAAGUAACGGCAUUCUGUACACCACAGUGAAACAGUCCAUCGAUGUGCCCAUACGGAAGGGCGAAUAUCUGGUGGAGGUGCGCGCUCACAGUGAGGGAGGAGACGGAGCCGUCGCACAAGUGCGCAUCGCAGGUGGCGGCGUGCUGAUGGUUCAGUCUCUCAGUGUCGUCUCGCUGCUCGUCACGCUGAUGUUCAGUUUCAUUCUCUGAACGAGUCUCUCACAGUGAAGAACUCUUUAACACGACGAGGAGAUCCCAGACAACACACAAACAAACCGGAAUACUACAGACUUCCAGAAUUCCAGAAGGGAAAUGAAGGAGCGCACAUGAUCGAUAUGCCUUAUAACAUCUCAAAUGCUCUUACCGAAGCGUGAGCUGUGAUUGGUCGAGGAGGACACAGGAAGUGAGAGAGCUCUUCUUCAAGUGCUCUAUAACAUUGUUAUAAAUGAUCAGUGUUUCGUCUCUGUGUGAUGUGUCGGCUUUAUUUCCUGUUUUCAGUCCAGAAGCACAUCUGUCUAAACAAACCAACCAUCAUUCCAAAAUCAACUCUACACAAAUUCUACAGCAUCAAGUGACCGUUUCAUGCGCUUGAGAAUGAUAUAUAUGCAAUAGUGUUUUGUUCACAUCAGGUGCUGAUGAAUAUAGAGAAUAAUGUGAUGUUCAGUGGAAUAAUACAUCCGAUUAUGGAGGAGAGAAUCAUUAUCAAUACUUUAGUGUUUCAGAGCGAUGAUGAAAUGAACUUGAGAUACUCUAUAAUAACAGAACGGACGGUGUUAACAGCUGUGAGCUCGAGAUGAUAUUACAUGAUGUGUUUUAGAUGAACAUCUGUAUAUGUUUAAUAUGAAAUCAGCUACAGCUGCAUAUAGAUAUGGUUUAAUUCGUAGAGCAGAGAAAUCACAAGCUUAUCUUUAUUUCUGAACUAGUUUUUCAAUCCCUCUGAAUUAUUUUGGGUUCUCUCGCAAUACUUUUAUGCAUCCCUUAUGAAAAUAAACCAGAUGAAAUAGGCUUUCAGUAAAACUGAAGCCUAACCACAACAGUUACCAUGUUUUACUACAGUUACUACUGUGUAGUUCAACCUUUAUAACUGUGCUAUAACUAUAGGAAUACAGGAAACUACGCUAAUAAGUUCUGUUUUACUGUAGUAACACCGUGUUUGAUAUAUUUGAUACAUGUGCUUUUAAUAUCAUAAUUCUUACCAUAAAAAUGGUCACAUAGUUGCAGGUUUACUAUUGUGAAACACAUUUUUUUUUGUGGUUUGAAACCAU